AUGCCUCAGAGACGCCGCCGGAUCGAUUUGUCGCUACUCAGAAGGCGUCAAAUCCUCUCGUCGGCCUCCUCCUCAGAGCUCUCCCCCGACGUUCCCGUACUCCAAUCGCCCAUGUCGUUUCACGCGAUGGCAUCACAGCAGGUUCCGGAGGCUACAUUGAAGCAGAGCAAUAAGCUGAAUCGAGCUCCGGUCAAACCGUCCAUGUUUUUCGACGACAAGGAAGAGGAAGAAGAUGGGCCAGUGUCCAAAACGAUAAUCGACGACGACAAGGACGGCUCAGCGCCGCGAACGGCACACAAAGUCAUUGGCGAGGAGUGUCCGCCCAAGAGUCAUUUCUUGGAAGAGUCAUUCAACACCCGUCUGCCGUGGGCCUCCCCAAUUGCGCGCAUAGGGCAGGACUCUUAUAUCGUGAUUGAAGUCAAGGUGAAUACCUGCGUCAAAGAUGAGGAUGCUGCUUUAUCGAGAAUCACCACACGAAUGGCGCAAAUCUAUCAAAGGUCCGAGUCCUUCAUGUUUGUCAGCAUCCAAAUUGUUCCGUCCCUCCGGUUUGGUAAUUCGACUAUGCCAGCGUAUUCGAUGAAAAUCUUCGCCCUACCAUACCUUAUUGCUCCGAUCACGAACCUUCGCAGCACCAUACUCAUUCAAGCAGCGCUUCAGGACAUUCUACACAUCCCGCCAGCUAGUGGGAUUAUUUUGUAUAUUCCAGUCGCGGAGGAGAACAUGGCAACCAAUAAUACAACAAUGAUGGGUGAGAUCGCUCGUUUACAGGAUGAUCGUGGCCGUGGUCGAGAGCCUCGAUUCUUUCAGUCUCUUUCACGGACACUGAGUAGGAGGAAGAAGUCGAGCAGCGGCGCGAGUGCGCCUCUGUCCGUUGCCACAACAUCUUCAUGGGCAGAGGAGACAAAACCGGCCGCAAUUUCCGAAUCCGAAGGAGCCACUCUUUCUGUCGAUGAAAGUUUAGCAAGACCUGGGAAGUCUAGACCUAGAACCCUCCGGCUUUUUGCUUCCCGUCGAACUCCCGAACACUCAGAUCACUCAACUCGCUCGAACCCCGUUGAAUGA